AUGCGACCCGUCGACGUUACCCCCGCGAUUGCCAAAAAACUCUUGGCUACCGUAUACAACGCGAUAAAAAUCGCGGGUCCGGCAAAAUUCAAAGCGGGCGACUCGGUACGCGUCAGCAAAUACAAGACGAUUUUCGAGAAGGGUUACACGCCGAAUUGGACCACCGAGGUGUUUAAGAUUGUUAAAGUGCAGCGUACCAAUCCCGUAACCUAUCUACUCGAGGACUAUCGUGGAAAAUCCGUCUCUGGAGGGUUCUACGAACACGAGUUGCAUCGCGCGACUUAUCCGGACGUGUAUUUCGUGGAGAAAAGUACUGCGCAGGAGGGGUGA